AUGCAUUUCUCUACAGUUUUCUCUGCUGCGGCACUCCUCAUCGCCGAGGCUUCGGCCCACGGUGCUGUCACUAGUUAUGUCAUUGGCGGGACAACAUAUCCUGGAUAUACUGGAUUCAGCCCAGCAUCAUCCCCACCAACCAUUCAACGCCAAUGGCCCGACUAUAACCCCACAAUGUCAGUCACUGAUAAAAAGGUCAUGUGCAAUGGCGGCACCUCUGCUGCCCUGACGGCCAGCGUCGCGGCCGGUACCAAGGUCACCGCCAAAUGGUCACAGUGGACUCACGAACAGGGACCAGUAAUGGUGUGGAUGUACAAGUGCUCGGGAGCGUUCACGGCCUGUGACGGCUCCGGCAAGAACUGGUUCAAGAUUGACCAGAUGGGCAUGACUGCUCCACCUCUUACCGGCAGAAGUUGGGGAACUGCAAUCGUCAUGAAAGAUCUCGCGUGGACGAGCACUAUCCCCGCCAAGUUGGCCGCGGGCAACUACCUGAUCCGCCACGAACUUUUGGCGCUUCAUCAGUCCAACACCCCGCAAUUCUAUGCCGAGUGCGCCCAGCUUGUUGUUACUGGCAGCGGCACCGAGACACCUUCCGGUAGCUUUUUGGCUACCAUCCCAGGCUAUGCUUCUCAGAACGACCCUGGCAUUAUGAUUGAUAUCUACUCCUCGACAGCUACCACCUACACUUGCCCAGGCCCAGCUGUGUGGAGCUAG